AUGAUAAAGGAUUCAGAUGUCGUAGAGGAUGUGGAAACUAUAUCCUCUAGUGAAUCGACCAAAAAACCGAUCAGAGAAAGGUUUCUCUUAUUCAAGAUUGAUGUCUUCGUGCUUUCAUUCGUCUGUCUUCAAUAUUGGAUCAAUUAUGUGGAUCGUGUGGGAUUCUCCAAUGCUUACAUAUCUGGUAUGAAGCAGGAUCUGGACAUGAAAGGUAAUGAACUGAAUAUCACUAACACAUGUUUCACUGUCGGUUACAUUAUAGGGAUGAUUCCAAAUAAUUUGAUGUUAUUAGUAGUGCCUCCGCGUAUUUGGUUAAGUUUUUGUACUUUUAGUUGGGGGCUUCUCACCCUAGGGAUGUAUAGAGUCACAUCGUAUCAACAUUGUUGUGUCUUAAGAUUCUUUCAAGCCAUAUUUGAGAGUUGUACGUUUGCUGGUACUCAUUUAAUUUUGGGUUCAUGGUAUAAAGAAAAUGAAUUACCGAUAAGAUCAGCUAUCUUCACGAGUAGUGGUCUAAUCGGUUCCAUGUUUAGUGGGUUUAUGCAAGUGAAGAUUUUCAAUAAUUUGGAUGGUUUGCAAGGCUUAGCUGGUUGGAGAUGGCUUUUCAUCAUUGAUUUCUGUAUAACUAUUCCUAUUGCCAUUUACGGAUUUAUCUUUUUCCCAGGUGUACCUGAUUCCAAUAGAGAUGGGAUUUUAAACAAAUUUUCAAUGUCCAGAUAUAUCUUUAAUGAACAAGAGUUGAAAUUUGCUAGGAGAAGACUUCCAGCAAGAGAUGAAACUACGUCGUUAGAUUGGUCCAUUAUACCAAGAGUUUUGAAAAGAUGGCAUUGGUAUCUUUUCUCUUUAGUUUGGAUCUUUGGUGGUGAAAAUCUAAGUUUUGCUUCCAAUACUACGUUUGCAUUAUGGUUAACUAAUCAGAAUUAUUCUCUCUCUAACAGAAACAAUUUCCCAUCUGGGAUAUAUGCUGUAGGUAUUAUCUCUACGGUAAUGUCAGCUUUAUAUUUAAGUAAAGUAAAACACGCAAGACAUUGGCAUAUUUCUAUGGUAAUAGCAGUUGUGAUGUGUGUCGUGGCAAUAAUGAUUCGUAGCAAUGCAACUUCGCCAGCCGUUAUGUUUACUGCUCAAUACAUUGGUGGUAUUGCAUAUGCUGGACAAGCUGUCUUCUUUGCAUGGGCAAAUGUUGUAUGUCAUGAGGAUUUACAAGAGAGGGCAGUCGUACUGGCUUCAAUGAACAUGUUUUCAAGUGUUGUAAAUUCUUGGUGGUCUCUUCUUUUCUAUGCUGCCACGAUGGUACCACAUUAUAAGAAUGGUUGUUAUGCUAUGAUUGCCACUGCAGUCGCGAGUGGUAUUACAUCCAUCAUUAUCAGAGCUUUACAAACAAGAGACAAUGUAGAAAAGAAGCCAUUGCCGUAUAUCAAUGCUAACGAUGUAGUUGGUCAGGAUGAAAUAGAUGAAUUCCACAAGAAUGAAGAAGAUGAUAAUGAUGAAGCUGUAGGUACGGCGUAUGCCGGAAGCAGGGCCGUUCAUAUGGUUCAAGUUGGAUCCUCUAGUCAAAUUCAGUAA